AUGGCUGAGGCGUUGACCUGUUGCUCGGCAACGGGGGACGGUGAAAAUCCGGAGGAUUGGGAGCUGGUCGAACGUGGCGAGGCUUGGACUCAGCAGAAGGAGGCCCGCGAUCUCUUCCACAAGACUUGCGAGGAGGACAAGCACCAAGCUGCUGAAGCCCUCCGCGGUCUGUACAAAGCCUCAGCAGAGCUAGACAGGCUGCUUACGGAUGAGAAUGGCAUCGACGAUGUUCAUCGGGCCUGCUGCGUCCCUGGAACUGCCGUGCCUAUUUCUGCGAUCAUGCCCAGGAUGCAUCUUCUCAUCUGCACAACAAAAGAGCAUGGCUUCCAAGAUGGACAGAACGUUAUCAUUACAGGCCUGUCCUUGAACGAUGGGGCUCCACAGUCAGCAGCCUGCACUGUGAAUGAGCUUAGCAGAGACCAUGUGGUUCGUUAUGUGGAUGAGCUUACGCUGUCGCUCUCAGGCCUUGCAAAGUGCCCCAGUGAAGCGGAUGAAGUCAGGCAGUUCAUUGACUUGACCCACGCAGAGGUGCAGCUGUCCAUCUCAUCAUGGGGCCUAGGGCGCACACCGGUCACCCACAGCGUUUUCCAGGCCAUUGCGCAGACGGCAAAGGCUUCUGGUCUAGGCCGUGCGCUGGAGGCAGCAUUGGCGACCGUGCGUACGGCCUGUUGCGGGGUGCAGCACUGUGCAGAGGCGCUUGCAGGACACCUGGAGCACAGGCAGCGAACAUCUGAUGGCUCGGGAGCUGUGA